UCUAUGCAAAAAUGCAUCAUGACUUUUCUGACUAUCCAAUAUAUCAAUUCAUUUCAUCUUCAUACCCUAAGGUUGAUACUAUUAUUAUCCUCACUUUCCAGGAAGGGAAAAAUGAGAGUGAAGCCAAGCAAACAGUUCGGAUUCACUCAGGAAACAUUAAAGCAAAAUUCAAACUCAGAGGUCUAGCUACAGAGGCUAUAUUAGACCAUGUACCACUUUUCAGCAAUACAUGUAUAUGAUUUAAAAUUAAAUAUAUCCAUGAAUUGGGAAUAGAUGUUGAAAUUUUUUUUCUGAACAGCAAAGAAGAGAAUGGUGUAGGUUGGGUGAUUGGUUGGGUAGAUAUGGAAAAAAAAAAUAGCAGUAGACCAGGUAAGAGAUAAUGGUGUCUUGGAUUAUGAAAAUAGUGAUGGAGAGAAGGGGGUGGGUUUAGAUGUUUGGUAGGGGAAAUAUACAGGACUUGGUAAUGGAUUGAAUAUGGGAGUCCAGCGACACAGCCAUUACGCCAACUACUGGUCCCUAAAUUUAUAAUCUUAAUCUAUAUCUUACUUCCAGAUUUUAGAAUUAACAAAGUUAAUCUCUGGUUUAAGAGAUUGUAAUUCUAGUUUAUUCUAUUUUCUUCACCUCAUUUGUACAAUUUCUACUAGUCUAAAAUUGCUUCUUUUGGAAAUCAAGAUACAUUGGAAAACAUACUGUUAGUCUUAUUCUCAAACAGCCAUGGGAAAAUUUGACUUUCUGUUUUCAAAUAUUACCUAACAGCAUGUUGUCCCAACAAGCAAUACUGGUCAGUUCAGAUGCCUUCUCACCUCAGGUUUGCCAGAAACUUUCCAUUUAGCCUCAGAAAAUAAACAUCGUUUAUGAUUUAUGAUGUUACUACCCAGUCCAUCAGGCCCCAUCACUGAAUUGUAGGUAACAGACAGGGAUAAGGCCAAACACGUUAGAUGGAUCAGUGGCCAUUUCCCCAUCAGUUAAUUUGAACUCUACAUUUGGUCCACAUCACUAGUGCACGUUUUCCCUGAAAUGUGCUUAUUAAGUAGGCCAUACUGUUAUGGGUAACUGUCAUAGAACGUCUAAGACUUGAAGCUCCGCAGACAGGACGGCUUGAAUUUUCUCCAAGACAGACAAACACGCUGCGGUGGGUGCUGGGCUCUCUAAGUCCGGGCGGACCCACCGACCCAGUCCUCCGCGGCCGGAGAAAGGGGCGUGACGCCGCGGGAACUCCCGCGUGACGUCACGCGGGCUCUAGGCGGGCGGGUCCGGCCGCCUCAGAGCCUGGCCGGUCUCCCUGUGGCCUUCCCACCGCCGGAAGGCGCAGACUUCCCAGGGCCGGCUGGCCUGGCAAGAGUCCGGCAGUCAGGUGAGGGACAAGCGGAAGAGGAGAAAAGCGAACGACCGUCCCUCCACUUGCCCAGGAAGCGCCCGCCCUGCUCCGGGGGCUCGGAGAAUCCUGAGGCGGCCUCUGAAGCUGCGGGUAUUUGAACUGUCCAAAGACAACUUCACAUCUAUAUAAUGUAACAGAAAAGGUCCAAAAACAUUAACCAAAUAGAAGUGUGGAGCAUAUUAAGCAAGAUGAACAUCUCUGGAAGCAGUUGCAGAAGCCCUAGUUCUGCAGAUGUAUCUAAUGACUUUAAGGAACUCUGGACAAAACUAAAAGAGUACCAUGAUAAAGAAGUACAAGGUUUACAAGCAAAAGUAACCAAACUGAAAAAGGAACGAAUUUUAGAUGCACAAAGACUGGAAGAAUUUUUCACCAAAAAUCAACAGCUGAGAGAGCAACAGAAAGUCCUUCAUGAAACCAUUAAAGUUUUAGAAGAUCGGUUAAGAGCAGGAUUAUGUGAUCGCUGUGCAGUAACAGAAGAACAUAUGCGGAAAAAGCAGCAGGAGUUUGAAAAUAUCCGGCAGCAGAAUCUUAAACUUAUUACAGAACUUAUGAAUGAAAAGAAUACUCUCCAGGAAGAAAAUAAAAAACUUUCUGAACAACUGCAGCAGAAAAUUGAGAAUGAUCAACAGCAUCAAGUUUCUGAGUUCGAAUGUGAGGAAAAUGCUAUUCCAGAUUCACCAAUAACAGCCUUUUCAUUUUCUGGUGUUAAUCGGCUGCGAAGAAAGGAGAACCUCCAUGUCCGAUACAUAGAACAAACACAUACUCAUUUAGAGCACUCCCUGUGCGCAGAUGAACUGAAAAAAGUUUUCAAGGCUUCAACUAAUCUACAACAUAAGCUUAAUGAAAAUGAAAUGCUAGUGGCUGACACCUGUGAUCAAAGUCAGUCUCCAGUGACUAAAACACACGGAACAAGCAGUUAUCCCACUGAUAAGUCAUCUUUUAAUUUAGCUACAGUUGUUGCUGAAACACUUGGAGUUAGUGUUCAAGAAGAAUCUGAAUCUCAAGGUCCCAUGAGCCCUCUUGCUGAUGAGCUCUACCACUGUUUGGAAGGAGAUCAUAAGAAACGGCCAGUUGAGGAAUCCACAAGAAAUAGUGAAAAUAGUUUAAGAUUUUCAGAUUCUACUUCAAAGACUUCCUCUCAAGAAGAAUUGACUACUCGGGUGACAUCUCCUGUAUUUGGAGCUACCUCUAAUAUAAAAAGUUGUUUAGGUUUGAAUACAAGUUUAUCCCCUUCUCUUUUAGAUACUGGGGAAAAAAAACAUCUGAAAAUAGCCCCUUUGAGCAACACUUGUAUUUCUAGAGCAGAGAAAGCCAGAUCAAAAUCUGAAGAUAAUGCUCUUUUCACAUGUCAUAGUGUUGAGUCUGAAGUAAACAAGAUCAUUAGCUACUCAUCUUCUUAUAAGCAGAUUCUUAGAAAUAUAAGUGAAUCCAUAAGUGAACAGAAUAGUACUGAUGCCAUGAAAGAUGCUAUUACUGAUAAACAUUUGGUGCCCUUGAAAUCAGUGGGGAGCAGAACAUCCAAAAGGAAGAAAACUGAGGAAGAAAGUGAACAUGACAUAAGCUCCCCUCAAGGUUCUUUUGAUAAAGAAAAUGCUUUUCCUUUUCCAAUGGAUAAUCAGUUUUCCAUGAAUGGGGACAAUAUGAUGGAUAAGCCUCUGGAUCUUUCUGAUCGAUGUUCAGCUAUUCAGCGUCAAGAGAAAAGCCAAGGCAGUGAGACCCCUAAAAACAGAUUUAGACAAGUGACUCUCUAUGAGACUCUGAAGCCCAUUUCAAAGGGUUCUUCAAGCCGUAAGGCCUUGGGUGGGAGCUGCGUGUUACCCAGAGAUCCCCCUGAGGAGUCCUGUUUACAGGAGUGCAUCCUUCAGUCCUUAAGUAAAUCCUCUCCAGACAGUAAAACACCAUUACAAAUAAAAGAAGAAAAUCCUGUCUUCAAAAUCCCUCUAUGUCCACGUGAAAGUUUGGAGGCAGAAAAUUUUUUAGAUGAUAUGAAGGGUGCUAGUUCUCAUGAGCCAAUAAAAUUAAAACCCAGGUCAAUCCAUGGAGGGUGUGAACUUGCAUCCGUUCUUCAGUUAAAUCCAUGUAGAAUUGCUAAAACAAAAUCUCUACAAAACAACCAAGAUAUAUCCUUUGAAAAUAUCCAGUGGAGUGUAGAUCCAGGAGCAGAUCUUUCUCAGUAUAAAAUGGAUAUUACUGUAAUAGAUACAAAGGAUGGCAGUCAGUCAAGAUUAGGAGGCGAGACAGUGGACGUGGACUGUACGUUGGUCAGUGAAACAGUGCUUUUAAAAAUGAAGAACCAAGAACAGAAAGGAGAAAAAAGUCCAAAUGGAGAAAGAAACAUGGAUGAUAGUUUGGAAGAUAUGUUUGAUCGGACAACACAUGAAGAAUAUGAAUCCUGUUUGGCAGAUAAUUUCUCCCAAGUAACAGAUAAAGAGGAAGAAUUGUCUGUUACCACAAAGAAACCAAAUAGACAUGGUGACAAACAGGCUAACAUCAAGCAGAAAGCAUUUGUGGAACCAUACUUUAAAGAUGAUGAAAGAGAUACCGGCUUACAAAAUUUUCCUCAUAUUGAGGUGGUUCGGAAAAAAGACGAGAGAAGAAAAUUGCUUGGGCACACAUGUAGGGAAUGUGAAAUUUAUUAUGCAGAUCUGCCAGUAGAAGAAAGAGAAAAGAAGUUGGCUUCCCGCUCAAGACACAGAUUCCGCUACAUCCCACCCAACACACCAGAGAAUUUCUGGGAAGUUGGUUUUCCCUCCACUCAGACUUGUAUGGAAAGAGGUUACAUUAAGGAAGAUCUUGACCCUUGUCCUCGUCCAAAAAGACGGCAGCCUUACAAUGCAAUGUUUUCUCCAAAAGGCAAGGAACAGAAGAUAUAGAUGUUGAAGCAAAACAAAAGUAUAGAGGACAGUUUUUUUUUUCCUUUUUAGUUAUUUAUAGUUAAAGUUGGUAUUAAACAUUGAUUUUUUUGGAUCUUCUAUAAAUUGAUUUAUAAAUUGAUUUAUAAAUCAGUUUUCUAUUGAGAAUGUUUUUAAAUGACAUUUACCCACCACACAAGGAUAUAUUUAAAACACGGAUCUGUUUAUGUUACAUUUUCUUGCUUUUGCACCUUUAAAACAAUAAGGUGCUUUCAUUUUGCACUCUGAUGUAAGAGUUGUUUAUUUACUUUGUUAAUAGCCAAUUAUAAUUUUUCAAAUAAGAUAAUUGUA